UGAAAGUAUUCGCAAAUGAGGAUGAGAGGUACGUCUAUGGUAACUAUUUCUUACCUUCAGCACCAUUCAUCUUCCCUUCCCGGCGUAUUCUGUAAUCCUAUAAAGUUAGUCCGUCCAGUUGGCUUAGUGGUUUAGGCGUUAUCACUAGGCUCGUUUUUGAUGAAGGCUCCUUUAGCAGGAUUGUUUACUAGAUUGCUUUAGUAUAGCAGCUCCUGCUCCUCUAAGACCAUUCGCCAGCGGAAGACUCACCUCCAGAGCAAGCCUGUGCGGAUGUUACGGAUUAACACUCAUAUUGAUCGCGUGUCGAUUAUAAUGCACAUAAUUGUCCUCCUUGAACGUGAUAAGUCGGUGGAUGACCAAAUACACACUCCUCUUCGAAUAACGACCACCACCAGCAGUAAUUUGCGUAUCUUCAACGAUACCCUAACCAUGAUCCUUGAUGAAAGCGAAAAAUCCAUCAUGUUCCUCCUCUAAGAUAAGAACAGCAAAUCUUUCUUCCUCUUCUAAGACAGGCACAGCAACUUCUCCGUCAACCUCUGCCCGUCUGACAACUCCAUCAACGAGUCAAUCCCCACAACGAAGGUAUGGCUUUUUAGCCUCAGCUCGUGGUACACUAGCGAACUCUCCACGACGGUCG